CUUGCCUUGACGCCAUGUUUGUAGUUUUCAGGCAGGUGGGUCUCUUCCGCAAAGCAUCGUGUUACUGUUGUUACUUCCCUGACCAGCGAGCGCUCGCUCAGAAGUGGGGAAAAAGGAUGAAGGUCCGUCUGUGACUAGAGAUUAAGCCAGAAGAAAAUGAUGUGGUGACUGUUUCUGAGCUAUUCCAUAUGGAAUGCAGUGUAUUCAGUGGCCCAUGCCCUCCAUUAAACGCUUUUGAGCAAAAUUGAAAUGGAAUCUAAAGACAGAAAUCCUGACUGGCUUCUACCAUGCCAGGUAAGCCUCACUCAUAAGCAAGGGAAGCAUCAAGAUCUUAUAUUAUUGAGUGCAUUGACCUACAAUGAUGUGCAUGUGAACUUCACUCGAGAAGAGUGGGCUUUGCUGGAUCCUUCCCAGAGGAGUCUAUACAAAGAGGUAAUGCUGGAGACCUACAGGAACCUCACUGCUAUAGGAUACAAUUUGGAAUAUCAUAAUAUUGAAGAGAAUUGUCAAAGUUCUAGAAAACAUGCAAGGUUUGAAAAUAGUCAUAGUGGAGAGAAAGCUUCUGAAGAUACUCGAUAUGAUGAAGUCUUUACACGUCACAUUAGUCCCCACACAUAUAAAAGUAUGCAUAUUGGUGAGGAUCGCUAUGAAUGUAACCAAAAUGGUAAUGCCUUUGCACAUAACAGUCACCUCCUAACACAUAAAAGGACACAUAUUGGAGAGAAACCUUAUGAAUGUAACCAACGUGGUAAAGCCUGUGCACGUAACAGUAAUCUAAUACACGAAAAAAAUCACAAUGGAGAGAAACCUUAUGAAUGUAACGAAUGUGGAAAAGCCUUUGCACGUAAAAGUACUCUCAUAGUACAUGAAAGAACUCACUCUGGAGAGAAACCUUAUGAAUGUAACCAAUGUGGUAAAGCCUUUGCAUGUAACAGUAGUCUCCAAAUACAUAAAAGAACUCACACUGGAGAGAAACCAUAUGAAUGUAACAAAUGUGGUAAAGCCUUUGCACGUAACAGUACUCUCCUAGUACAUGAAAGAACUCACACUGGAGAGAAACCAUAUGAAUGUAACCAAUGUGGUAAAGCCUUUGCACAUAACUGUCAUCUGGUAGUACAUAAAAGAACUCACACUGGAGAGAAACCUUAUGAAUGUAACCAAUGCAGUAAAGCCUUUGCACGGAGCAGUCAUCUGGUAGUACAUAAAAGGACUCACCCUGAAGAGAAGCCUUAUGAAUGUAUCCAAUGUGGUAAGGCCUUUAAACAUAACAGUAAUCUCCUGAUACAUAAAAGAACUCACACUGGACAGAAACCUUAUGAAUGUAACCAAUGCGGUAAGGCCUUUGCACGGAACAGUCAUCUGGUAGCACAUAAAAGAACUCACACUGGAGACAAACCUUAUGAAUGUAACCAAUGUGGUAAAGCCUUUAAACAUAACAGCAGUCUCCUGCUACAUAAAAGAACUCACACUGGACAGAAACCUUAUGAAUGUAACCAAUGUGGUAAAGCCUUUGCACGGAACAGUCAUCUGGUAGUACAUAAAAGAACUCACACUGGAGAGAAACCUUAUGAAUGCAACCAAUGUGCUAAAGCCUUUGCAUGUUACAGUGCUCUCCUAAAACAUAAAAAAACUCACACCUGAGAGAAACCUUAUGAAUAUAACGAAAGUUGCAAAGACUUUGCACGUAACAGUAAUUUCCUAAUACAGAAAAGAACUCCCACUGGAUAUAAACCUUAUGAAUGUAACCAAUAUGGUAAAGUCUUUGCACAGAAUAGUCAUCUGGAAGUACCUAAAAGAACUUACAUUGGAGAGAAAUCUUAUGAAUGUACCUCAUAUGAUAAAGUGUAUGCAUUUCAGAGUAGUCUCUGAAAACCUAAAAGAACACAACUUGAAGAAAAAAACCUUAUGAAUGUAAUCUGUUUGGCAUCAUCUUUGUACAACACAGUCAUCUCCUAAUACAUAAAAAUGCAUGUUGCAGAAAAUUCUUAUGAAAAUAACCAAUGUCAUAAAAGCUUUUCAUGUAAGAGUCAUCUUGAACAAGAACACUUACUGGAGUGAAACCCUAUGACUGUAAUCAAUGUGUUAAAGCCUUUGCAUGUCAUAAUAAUCUCCAUGUACAUAGAAGAACACACACUGGAGGAAAAUUAUGAAUGUAACUAAUGUGAUAAAGCUUCUUGACGUAAUAGUAAUAUCAUAUGACAGAAAGAACAUAUACUGGAGAGAAACCUUAUGAAUGUAACCAAUGUUCUAAAAGUUGCUCUUCACACUCAUCUUCAAAGUCAUGAAAGAAUUCAUAUUGGACUGAAAGACUAUGAGUGCAUUUAGCAUGGUGAAGCUCUUCCACAUUUGUAUAGUCAUCAUCAUUAAAGAAUUCAUACUGGAGAGACAUUAAUGAAUGUUUUAAAAUGUGAGGGCUUUGCAUAUAUCUAUAUUUUUCAUCAUUAUAAAGGUUUCAUAAUGGAGAGGAAUUCCAAGAAAAAAACAUUUUUAAGAGGUGCAGCUGAGAGGCACUGUGGUUAUGUGGACUAGAUAUGCAAAAUAUUUCAAGUGUUUCACAUCUUUCUUCUUCACAUGUUCUCUUUACAAAAUAAUUAGAACCCUGUGUCUCUCCACACCCCUGCCCUGUGGAUCUUCUGUACUUUCUCCUGCCUUCUUUGAUUUCUUUUGUUUUCAACCCAUUAAGAAUUUAUUGUAAUGGAGACUAAAAAAUGAAAUAAAAUGAAUUUUCAAAUCUUU